AUGAUGCUUCUCUUCGCCUGUGGAUUGGUGAUGCUGGCGACAGCUGCCUCUCGUGGAGCUGUUUCGAGGGAAACCCCUGAAGGUACUAUCAGUUAAUUUGUUUGAUAGUUUAAACCAAAGUUACUUGCGUGACCUGUCACUUUUGCGGCAUAAAUAAAAGAUGGAAGAAAAGAGAAAACAUUUAAAAAAAUCGUUUCCUAUUUUUCUACUUUUCAGGUGAACUUGUUGUAAAAGCCAUGAGCUUUAUCAUCCCGAAUACUCAGCCCCCUUCCGGCGUUGUGACUAAGGUCGCGGGAAUAGUCAGGAUGAUGCAGCCGGUAAAGUGAACUAUUGGCGAACAUUAGAUUUCAUCGAUGUAUCGAGUAAUGGUUCGUAGAAAUUCAAAACAAACAUACGGAGAAUUUCUAAUGCAACAUUCUUACUGUUCACGUACUUUGCUCUAACCGUUGGCGAACGUGCGGGGAUGUCUUGUUGCUGAAUAUUUCCCGCGCUUCAUUCCACAAGCUCGAGUAAGUACAUGUGGGAAGAAAGACAAUUUUCGUACUUUGCACCAAUGUUGUCUCGAGAGUCACUCGUUUUCCCUCAGCUGACCACUUGACAAAAGGAGCGAGGGGUCUUGGAACGAGAAUGUCCGAGCGCUAACGAAGUAUGCGCCUUUCCCCAGUCUCUUCCUCUCUCUUUUUUUUUCCAAGCGAUCUAGACCUCUGGCCCUUGCAACAUAAAAACAAAGCAAAGCAGAAAAAGCAAGCCAAAUAAAAAAACACAAACAAAAACGAAGGAAACAAGUGAUAGCGAAAGCCAUAUUGUUUAGCUAAAGGACAGCAAAUACAUUUUUAUUUCGAGGUGUAUUAAUCACUAUGAGAGGGUCUCAAUGUGUGGUGAUUUUUAUGGCCAACGGUUAAAAUUUUGGCUAUUUUACGGCUAACGUCAAUAUCAUUCCAUUGUUGUCACCAUAAGCUAUUUUGCGGCUACCUUUUUUUGCGACUACCAGUUAAAAUGUGUCAAUUUUUACGCCUAACGGCUAAAUUUUCCGGCGGUUUUACGACUAACGGUUAAUGCCCUUGAUAACCUCUCAUACGUGUUAUUAAUCUAGUUAUUCAUUUAUUUAUAUAUAUAAAUAUUUAUUUAUCAAUUUAUUACAGAAAUCUGGUGGCGAAACUACCAUGAUUGUUAACUUACUAAAUCUUCCUCCAAACACACCUCACGGCUUCCAUAUUCACGAGUUUGGAGAUACUUUUUCACAGGGUAAGCUUGUAACUGUUUUAUUUCUAAAAGUGAUCAAUUUUUAGCUUUUCCUUACGCUAUCGAUAUAUCAAUCCAGCAAACAAAUGAUGAGAUAAGAAACAUUUAUUAGCUCUAGAUUGGUAUGUUGAUGUAACUACAAAUUAUCUUAUGGAAGUGUGUAGCUGCCUAAAGGCAGCAUUAUGUAUCAGAUAGCGUUACUACAGUAAGAUGGUGGUAUGCAACACAACGUACACAGCUUUCGUAUCAGCAUAUGUCAGCUUCGAUGCAGCACCAUUUGUGCUUAGGAGCUGCAUGUAGAGUCUUUAUUUUCUGCGCUUCUGCGAACGUUGAAAGCAUUAAUUGGACAAUCAAUGAGUUAAGCUACGCCUUCAACUUCAACUUUCAACUCGUAGAUUUCCAUGCACCUGUCAGCGCUCGGCAAAUUAUUCCAUGUGCGCGUGCGUGACGUUUAACCGCUGUGUAAUGUAAGGCGCAAUAUCGUUCCGAGAGUCUCUAUAACCCUUUUCUUAGGGAGCAGGCACUUGUCAAAGGAAUUAGGACUCUGGGAUCGAGAUUGGACGAGGGUGCACGACAGAGCUUGAAAAUGAGAAAUAUCGAUGUAUAUAUCGAAAUAGAUUGAAAAUGAGAAAUAUCGAUGAAUAUUUUUCAGGGUGCCAGAGUACUGGUAGUCAUUACAAUCCGUUCAAUAUGACCCACGGAGGACCGCUGGACAAGAAACGGUAACCCCACAGCCAUGCAAUGUCACGUUAAGUCACUUCCGUUGGACUGUAAGAGUUGAAAGUGAAAUGAGCAGAUUUGAGUUUCUGCUCUAUAGCUGUAAAAUUAGAUGUAGUAUUAUGCACUUAUGGACUGAGUGAGAGGGCCGCACGAGAAAAUAUUUGCCUCCAGGUCAUGGCCCGCCCUUAUUUCAUGACUGAGAUUCAAUUAUUUUACCUGUCCGGCUUGACCUAUGCACAGUUAAUGAGCAUAUUAUUGUAUAGAUGUCUUGAUAGCUGUCUUUCUUUCUUUCUUUCUUUCUCUCUUCUUUAAGCCUGUAUCUCGUAGGGCCGUACGUCCUUCCCGACGUAAUUGCAUACAGCACUUCUACAAGGAAUGUUUAAUUUUUCUCGAUAAAAACGUGCGAGGUAGGAGGGGGUGGGGGGCGCACGGGACAGGUAAUAACCUGAAUGACUUCUGUUGUUUUUAGUCAUGUUGGUGACCUAGGAAACGUGUACUCAGAUGAGAGGGGAAUUAUCAGUACGAAGAUUGUUGACCAUCUAGUGUCUCUCGUAGGGGAGUACUCUGUCCUGGGAAGAUCUUUUGUGGUAAGCUGGAGUAACCUGCUCACUCAAUUAUACGGCACGUCGUGGUUCAAAUAUUUUCCCGCCUGUUCUCGGUGUCCAUUCCUUGGACACGAGCGAAGGAGCUGGCAAGCGACAGAUGGCUGUUGUGGUUGCUAUGGAAACGUUGGGUAACCUCCCCUCCUUCACUCGUUUCUAGGAACAGCCUGGAACAGGUUUAAAGCUUUGCGGCUCAAGUGCAGCGCUUGCCCAGGCGGUGCUCAUUGCAAAAAGAAUGAGCCACAGUUUUGGGGGCUACUUCUGUUACUUUUAUUCUACCUUAGUUAUCUUUUAUUUAUAUUCCCUGUAUAUUCGAUGAGUUCUGUGAUGCGCGGGUUGCAAGAAAUCGCUGACAGCGUUUAAUCUAGUAAAUAAAGCGAACAGCUUUUGAGGUUUCAUCUUCCCGAGCAGACGAGAAAACUUGUUUAGCGCAAAUUUUUCAAUUUUCGAAGAUCUCCGCAUUCAUGCGUGGUGUGCCCAGUAUAAAAAAUGCUGAUACCUGGGGAGAGUGGGACCCAUACCCCUCCGCAUUACUAGUGGUGGAUGCUUUGCCAUCGACCUUCGGAGAGCCUGUACCGAGAAAGCUCAUGUACUCUGUAUUUGGUUCAUAUUUCAAUCAUCCUUCACCAAGCUAAGAUAAGUAGUUUCAAAAGCGCCAUGUGGAACGCGCGAAAGUUUUUAAGGUGGGCGAUUUCCAGUUCGUAACUAAAAACAUGUUUUUUUUUUUGCUCUUUUUGUGAUUCAUCAGAAAAUCGAUGAUCUGGGUCGAGGUACAGGGCCAGCUAGAAAUGAGAGCCUAAAAACUGGAAAUGCAGGCCCGCGAUUGGCAUGCGGUGUUAUCUUCUACAUGCCUACCAACUAAUUACCUAAAGUAAAGAUUCACCGUCUUCUGAUACCAUACCGGCUCUCGACAAGUUAAAGUAAUUCUGUCGUUAAGAGAUUAAAUUUAUUUUAGUUCAUGAUCACAAACGAGUGGAAUUAAAAGCGGUAAUAAAUCUUCGUGAUUGCAAUAUUUUUGAUAACUAACAUAGUAAAUCAGUCACUGACAACGAGGGAGUUUCCUUUUCUCUUAAAGUUAUCACACGUACGCCCACGUCUGAAAAAGGAUAACCUCGACAAGGAGAUUCUUAAGAACUACAGACCUGUUGCUAAUAUUCCGUUCCUUAGCAAAGUGAUCGAAAAGGUUGUCGCAACACAAACGCAUAACUACGUAGAAGCUUACAAUUUGAUGCCAACUAUGCAUUCUGCAUAUAGGAAACACCACUCUACGGAAACGACCUUGCUACGUGUGACAAACGGUAUUCUUUGAACGAUUGACCGUCGCCAAGAUGUUGUAUUAGUACUACUUGAUUUAUCAGCGGCCUUUGACACUAUUGAUCAUACAAUCUUGGUGGAAAGACUCAAGUCUUACUUUGGUUUCUCAAAACUGACUCUAUGUUAGUUCAGAUCUUACCUUGAAAACCGUCGGCAAUCAAUAGUCAUUGGAGAUCAAGUGUCUACUCGUUGCGCUCUGCGUCAUGGUACCCCACAAGGGUCUAUACGUGUACCAUUGCUUUUCACCCUGUAUAUCGCCCUCUUCAAGAUGUAAUUGCUCGCCAUAACUUGAAUUGUUUUAUGCAGAUGACACUCAACUAUAUAUAGCUAUUGAUCCUGCAAAUCAGGCUCUAUCUCUGACUACCCUGCGAAGUUGUAUAGAGGAUGUAAUACGAUGGAACACGCAAAAAAUACUGAAAAGUAAUGCUGACGGAGGUUAUACUACUUACAUCCAGGUUCACUAAGACACCUAAUAUCGAGAAGCUUUUUUUUGCCAAUACCGUCAUUGAACGAACUGAGAGAGUUUGUGAUCAUGGUGUUAAUCUAGAUAAAAGCUUAUCAUUGACACACCACAUAAUGUAGGAAAGCGGCUAACACCAUCAGGUCCAUAGGUCUAUCGCAUUCGCAAAUAAAUCAGCAAGGAAAAACUCAAACUGUUAGUUAAUGCAUUAGUAAUAUCACGUCUAGACUACCGUAACAGUAUCCUUUAUGAUCUCGCAAAACAGGAACUGGAUAGACCGCAAAGAAUUCAAAACCACUGCUCACUGGAACUAAACGAUACAAGCACAUCAAACCUACCCUUUGAGAACUACACUGGCUACCUGUUUAGUCACGGAUUAUAUUCAAAGUUCUGCUCAUCACUUUCAAGAUUAUUCAUGGACUUUGUCCAACCUACUUCGUCGUCCCUCCUUGGUACAUUCGUCAGCAGCCACAAUUAACCCUAAGCGUGAAUGUGGCUUACGUGUUCCUUCCUACAACAAUACCACCCGUAGCGAAGCCUGCGCUUAUCCUCUGAACUACUUUUUACUGUCCCUACUGUGAACUCUGUGACAUACGGUGAACAUGCCUUUUCUUUCUCUGUACUUAUAUUAUCAUGGAACAGUCUAGCGGAUUCUGUUAAGGAUACAACAUCUCUUUCAUCUUUUAAAUCUGCCCUCAAAACAUUCUUGUUUCAGAAAUGUUAUUUUAAACUUAUUCUAUGAGGAACUAUACCUAGCUUUCAUGUCACCUGAUUCCUAAUUAAUUAUUUCAUUUAUUUUAUUUAUUACUGCUAUAAGAAACAUUUUGUAGGUUUUAACUAAUUUAUUUUUUCUGUAUAGUUAUGUGGGCGCAUUGAGUUUUCUAAAUGCGCCCAAAAAACUUUAUUACUAUUAUUAUCAUUAUUAUUAUUAUAGACAGGAAAAGACAGGAAAAGGGGCUGUGAAUAUAUCCUAAUUUAGAGAAAUGAAAUAUCAGUUUUUAUUUUUUUUUUGAGAGGGCACGGUAACGAAUCUUGCAACCUGAUUGGUUCCUUACCUGGUCAGUAUUUUCCUAUCUCUGCCCACGGGCCGGGCCACGUUAAAGCUUUCAUGAGUCGCCAAGUGCAUCCCAACUUUCGUUGCCAUUUUUCAUAAAUAUAUCUCGUUUUUCCGGCUGAGCAGUAUUUUUAAGCAAACACGUCGGUCACUACUUCAAGCCGAUGAAUAACUUAUGAAUCCUCUCUUUUCUCUCUCUCAAAUCACUUUGGUUGACAGAAAAAUAUUGGUUUCAGAAUGAAUUUGUAUAAACAAUAGUGUCAUUACGUUGGUUGACAAGCGGCCUAAAACCCGUCUGCAAUUAAUUUUAAUCGUUCACAAAAAGUACCUAGAAAGUUAAAACGUGAGGUAUUUGGUUACAGUUACACUGAAAGAUGGAACUUUCAUUUAUUUAAUACCUGAAUUUUCUCAAGCAAUUUGUUCGCAGUGAAAAAGCGAGCGAAGUUAUAAUUUAAGUUCUACAGCAAAUAUACGCUCUCGGUGAGUCUUUCCAAGUCCGUUCAAUCUGAAUAUUUUUACUGUAAAUUGCACAACAGAAACUGAAGGAAUUUUUUGAGAAAAGGCCGCAUUAAAUCCCCUCGUGUCUCGUUGGAGUGUGCCAUUCGAAUUUAGUUUUUGUGAAGGAAAGACCAUAUUUACACACGCGCUAUUGCAGCAAACUCUCACAACUUCAAAAUAAAAAAAUUGAAUUUACUCACAAUUACUUUCUUCGCCGUCUACUUAAUGAACAGAGGUAAAUCUUCGUACAUGAAUCAAUCGUCGAUGAGAGUGAAUAAUACUUUCCGUUAUAUCAUUGACUGUUUUUGAAGAAAACAUUGUCGUGGCAGUCCUUGCCAAACUAGUUCCGUUGUUUUUCAAAUAUUCUUACGCUUUUUUUUACUUGCGCACUCUCUAAUUGACAGGUCAGAUUCUGACAGAUACUUGUAAAAGUAAUGUUUCAAGGUUUGUUUGGAAGCCUUUUAAAUUAUCGUGACGGAAAUGAAAAUGUUUCGCUGAGGCGUCUCUCUUGAAUUUGCAUCAUCUCUAUUUUAACUACCAUUUACUCGCCCAAAAACUGUUCAGUUUAUGGAGGAUCUUGCCGUAUUUACAGCUCUAAAUCGUUCAGGUUCUUUCGGAAAGAAUUCCGUCAAGUUUCAAAAAAAUUAAAUAUGUUAUUUGCCGGCUGGGAGGUCCGUAUGGUGAAAAACUGUGUUUCAAGACCGAGGUCACAGUUUUUCACCAUACGGACCUCCCAGCCGGAAAAUAACAUAUAUUUCCUUUAUUUUAUUCAGGAAAGUCAAAUUGUUUAAAGUUUUUUUCAAAUCUCAUUAUUGUAGCAGCUUGCAUCGAACAGUUCGAGAUCUGGAAGAUUCUCUACACCUGGAAAGCAAUCUCCAAGUUUCCAAAUUUAUUCAUUCUACGGAAAUUUUCACUAAUUUUCGACAAUUUGAAAAAAAACUUUAUCUUGUAAAUAUUUUGAUAAUCAAAAUAGCUCACUACAUCGAUAAUUUGUUUCUGAUCAUGCCACGAAUCGUAUCGGCUUUCGGGUACGUUUUUGGGUAAAAUAUUGUCUUUCAGUUUUAACAGAAAAGCAACACAGCAAUUUCAGUAUUCUUGGUACACUACCAGCAGGCGUUUCAGCGGGUAGAAUCGGCUUCAAGGAAACGUAAUUCAAGACGUACUUGUUUCAGACAUGACCUCCGCAAUGCAUAAAUUUUAAUUUUGAAAUGGCUUAAUCAAAAUGCCUGUUUUGCCAAAAUUUGGAAUCCUCCGAGGCAGGACUUCGAUUCCUUAGAUGACAGGCGAAAUUUUAGCGAUUUGCAAGAUUAUGGCAAGGUCGCUUUGAACUUCUAGACAGAUUUACAUUUUAAACAAACAAAAUUAGCUCCAACAUGACCUGUAUGAGAAAUAUUCUUCUAAUAAACGUCUACCGUCAUAGGCAUUUGAAUUUAACCUGAAAAAAUCUAAUUGUAACCGUCGUCACAGCUACCCCUUCGAGACUGAGACUCUCUUCACUAACUCAAAAUAGCUUUUCUUGAAUUCGUAAAAUCAUUUUCUUAUCCCAAAGGCUUGGGACAAACAGUCAAUGGUGUUUAUUUAUUCGACUAGCGUGUUCAAAUCUUAUUAUCCUAACAUCAAGGGCAGAAAACUUUCAGCAAUGAUAUUGCUGGAUUAUGCAGUUAGUCGGAAACGUGUUAUAUACAAAUUUAGAUUAUGACGGAGCAAGCCAAUAAGCUAUCCCUAGCUGAGGAGGAAGAGCUGCUGGCGGCGAAAUCGGAACGAAUCCGAAGGAGAUUCAAAUCGUCAUUUAUUUAUUUACGCAUUUAUUUCAUUUCUUUUUUUAUGGAGGGGUUCAAGCUAAAAAUCAAAAAAAAUCUUUUUCAUCGUCUCCUGUAGUAGCCUUUGACGAUUUAGGAACGAGACUCUUCUUGUAUUUGAUCAAGAGGAACACUUGAGUGGUUACGUCUGGUGAGCCUAACGACUAAUCGUGUCGCCUCUGCAGACAGUGAAAACAGACGAAAAGUGCUGGUAUAUUUUUAGAUUUAGCUUAUUGACUCUCAGACUGGAGAGAUGUCAUCAAGGGAAUCUUUUGUUUGAUUGAGUAAGCAUUACAAAUUUGAUGAAUCCUUUGUUGAAGGAGCCUCUAAAGAGCCACUUCUGAAGGGGAAUGAAAAGUGACUUCAUUUGCGUUUUUAUGUUGAAAUCAUGUGUCUAUUUCAGGUUAGGUCCUUGGGGAACCCCGCAAUGACGUAAACUUGUUCCGAUAGGUGUUGGUGACCCUGUGUUGUCAACGUUUGGUCUCCAAAGUACGAACUGAGGAGAGGAGGUCUUUUACAUUCUCAAGGCAUCUUGAAAGACUGUCACAAUGAGCUUUUCAAGCUUUCAAAGAUAGCACGAGCGAGUUCUCGUUCACUCUUGUUAGCUUGUGUGUUGGAAACAAUUAUAAAUAUUGCAAACUAAGUCGAAUAUCUAAUAACGUAUGUGGUUAUUGUUCAUCGUUGAGUAAGACAGGAGAUGAAUUUUAUUUCUUUGUCUCACGAUUAACAUCCAAAGUGACUCCAUGAUGAGACAAUCGAAUAAAGUUCAUCUCCUAUCGUAUGUCGAAUAUCGCUGACAAAACUUGUUGUGGGAAGGCUUUGUUACGUUGUGUCUCGCGAUAUAGGUUUUAUUCAAGACCUGAGUUCUACUUCCUCAAAUGUCCCCGUCAUCGUUCUUGACAGCAGAUGUAAUUUUGGCGAUUUUGAGCCUUCAAAGGGUGAUAUUAAUAAAUUGAAUUAAUUACCCUUGAAAGAACAUAAGAAAGGCGCGGAAUAUUUUUAGUUUUGUGGAAAAUGACAAAUGUCAAUAUCUAUAGAAACCACCAACCAGGAAAUUGUCCACUAUUGUGAUUGAUAGAUGAGUUGAGUAACCCUUGCACCCCAAGAUCUCAUAGAAAAUUCUCCUUACAGUCUGUCAUACAACUCUUGUGAUGUUAGUUCGGAGAAUUUGGUGAUGGAUCUACUCAUAAGCUAUAUUCUCUUCACUUGUCUGCUUGAUAUUGUAUUGAUAUUGUAAGGAGAAAGUCUGUCUAUAUCACUGGCUCUUGGGAGGUGAGGGGUUAACAGGUUAGAGAGCAGAACAAGUUCCCUACGCGGAAACUAGCCACCUUCAAAUACCUGCUAUUUAUUGCCAUUUAGCCGGACACACGAGAAGUCACACGAACAACUAGAGAACAGGCCACACAGGCAGUUGAAUUGACACGAACGUUUUCCAGUUAAGCUCUGAAGUUCACCUCGCAGGUAAGACCUGAUUCCUUUUCUUAGAGUUAGACGGCUACAAAAAAAUGUGUUUGCAAGUGUAGGUAAAUUUUUUCGAUACAUGUCUGAGGUGGAUUGUGCCGUUUAACGUCAAGCAACGCCAAAAUCUCUUUUCUGGCCAGAUUUUCUCUGAAAGAAUCGGAAUUUGAAUCUUUCCGACGUUUAUUAAAAGAAGAAGAAAAAAGGCUCCGGAAUUGUUGAACAACGAUUUUUAGAAUGUAUGCAGAGGAGCUCACACAACUGUUGAUAAGAACAUCAACUAGCUUGCAUGUUUGAGUUUAAGAUAAACAGUUUAGAAAAAACUCCGGAAAGGUUAUGCUUCACGUUACAUAUUUAAUUCAUCCCGCGAACAAUUCUAUCGGGAUUAAUGGAGGCGGAAUCGAAUCUACUGUUGUACUGAGACAAAUAUUUCUAUACUAGGAUAAAUAUUUUUAUACUGGAGUAAGUAAUUUUCGACUUAAAUAUAUAACUUUGUACUGGGAUAAUUACUUUUGUAUUACACACGUGGGCCAUAGUAGGAAUUAUUUGACCUGAUUCGUGAUCCUUGCUUUUUUGUGGCCGAGGAUUUAUGAUUUAUUGACAUGUUUUUUUCGACACUCAUGACGUAUUUAAACAGUAACUCGUAUUUCAUUAUUCCUAAUUUAAGGCACGAAAAUUCAUAAUUUCUUUUCAUUCGAGUUCUAUGAUUCGUCAUUCUAGUAUGAUUCCCCAACAUAAGUAUGGUGGAAAUCUCUCAAACUUACUCUAAGCAGUGGCUCACCAUUUACUCAUUAUAACAUACAUACAGUGAACAUGGAUACUUCCUCGAGUAAGACACAAACAGCCACUUUUAUUUCGUUACCAUAUUUAACAACUAUUUAACGAAUUAUCCUCAACUAGCCACCGACAUUGAGGUAAAUAGUUGUUUUGGUAUAUACUAAAACAAUGAGAUAACAUAGCUCAAAACGAUGAUUUUAACUCGUUCAUCUCUGCAACAAUUACAAUAUUUAUUUUUAGGUGAAUGGCAAUGGAUGUUCGGUGUUUGAGUAGACAAUCAGAGCGCGCCUUCGACGCUAUCUACUGAUUUAGUAUUUACAAAGCAGGUUUAGGGAAAGAUUUUAUGUUAAAGAAAAGAAAAUUACUUGAAAUGCUCUUAAAUUUUGUAAUUCGAGACGUUUUGAAGACAUCUUUAAAAAUAUCACUCAUAUGCAAAAAUCACGGAAUGCACUCGCCUUCCUGCACUUUCCCAUGCAUCUUGGUAAAGUGACGUAAGUGACAUUAAGGAACUUCUAAAAUCCGUAGGAAAAAUGGUUCUGAUUUUUACUUGGGCACUGAGCGUUGUGGCAACGGUAGCUGCUGACCACGUUUACGGAUGUUAUCCUGGUAAGUAAACUGAAUAAUUAUGUUAGUAGGUCGAUCCGUAAGCUAUUGCGAUAGUUCUUAAGUGAACCAGUCAGAGAGUUGGUCAAUGUGCCGUCCGUCAGUCUUAAGGUCGGUCAGUGACUCAGUCAGUUAGCCAGUUGGUGAGUCAAUCUGACUAUCCGUUAGUGAGUCAGUCAACCUUUUCAAUCGGUUUAUGGUCGAGUCAGGUCAUUCAGUCUGUCAGUCAGUCCGUCUUUUCGACAAAUGAAUAAAUGAGCUAAGUUUCUAAAGAAACUGUGGUGCUGCGUCGGUGGGAAAGUACAACAGGGUAAUUUAAUUAGUAUUAUCAACUGAGUUGAUAAUGUAAAUUAGCUACCGUAAAGAGUUCUAAGGCUGACGUUUCGAGCGCUUCGCUCUGAUGAAGGGCUAACGCUCGAAACGUCAGCUUUAAAACUCUUUACAGUGGCCAGUUUACGUUAUCAACCCAGUUGAUAAUACUAAAAUACCCUGUCAGUCGUCAGUCUUCCUGUCUGGCUGUCAGUCAGUCAAUCAGUAAAAGGAAAGUGACAAAUCCUCCUUACAACGCUUCAUCGAGGAAAACAAUUUCAAUGGUAUCACAAUUUCUAAGGUUUUCAUCCCUUCUCGUUUAGGUGCAGAUAUAGUAAAAGCUAUGAGUUUUAUCGCUCCUAAUUCCCAACCACCUCCCGGCACCAAGACUCCAGUGAGAGGAACAGUCAAACUGACACAACCGGUAAGGUGAACUGGUGACGAGUAUCUUAUCACGCCGUCUUGACAACCGUCUUUUAGGGUAAUACGUGUUUCAUAGACCAAUCACAGAGCAGAGAUCACGGAUUACUUUUUGGACCCAGUUGAAGAUUUUUGUAUUGCUUUUUUUCUUUCUGCAGCGGUACGGAGGCUUAACAUGCAUAGAAAUAAAUAUAUCAGGUCUUGGCCCUAACACCACACAUGGCUUUCAUGUUCACGAGUACGGAGAUACUUUAACGGAAGGUACGUUGUGAUAACGAUGGGAAGACAACUUUCAGUUUCAAAACAACCAGUUUAUUUCAUACGGCUAAAAUCAUGCACGGGGUUACACAUAAGAUCCGGUCAAUUAGCCACCGUAGGUGUGCGCCCCACUUAAAUCAAGUCACGCCUCGAAUUACAGAUAAUCAGUUCCUAUCGUAACACAAACAACACAUCAAAGUACUUUUGAAGAUAAAGUUGACAUCAAAUAAAAAAUUUACAAAACUAUCUCCAAAAUGUUUUCAAAUUUUAGUUCCUCUCAAGGUGUUUUUUUUGGGUCAACAUAAACACAGUUUUCGUUUCGAUUUUGACAAGCGAUCAAGUGAGAACAAGUAAGGAACAAUGAGGGGAAAUAUACGAACAGACUGACGAAUGAAGCUCAAAGACUUCGAAAAAUCAAUGGCAAUCGUCGUCGGCAAUCAUCGGCAUGUAUCGGCAUGUGUCGUGAGACACUUGUCUGACCCGACAUGUUAACUAUGGUUGAAAGUGACAUGUAUGUUGUUAUCUUGAUCAAAGAUUUAAUCAUAUAAUAAAUACGACAAUUUUUCUUAGGAUGUCAGAGCACGGGAGGCCAUUACAACCCGUUUAAUCUUUGCCAUGGAGCACCUCAAGACCAAUUUCGGUAAGCGAACCGCCAGUGUUUAUCGCCCGGGGGAUGACGGGGGGGGGGGGAGCCAGUGUUUAUCGCUCGGGGAGUGGGGAGAGGGAGGUCGGAGGAUUUUGAUCGUGUUGCGACAAAAUUGACUUGAUCCCACAUUCAAGCUCUGUAAUAUUCAUACUGCCUCUAUAAGCUUUGCCUGACGAUAUACAAGGACUGUAUAUUGGAAAGUAAGGUAUUUUGUUUCUCAUCUGCAGCCAUGUUGGAGAUUUGGGUAACCUUGUUGCGGAUGCAAGUGGAACUAUCAAAGCAAAGUUUUCCGAUCAUCUUAUUUCUGUUGUCGGACCCUUAUCAGUAUUAGGACGAGCGUUUGUGGUAAGUUGACUACUUCUCGAUCGAGAAUCGUAGAACCAAAACGAUAAUAGACGGAAUGACCAAUCAGAACAGGGGUAAUCAUCACAUGGAGCCAAUGAGAUCUUCGUAAAAAAACAGUCGAAUUAAAUGCUUGAAGCGUAGGAAAACGCAGACGAGCAGUUCGCGAUUGGCUCUAGCUCUUCAAUUUAUCGGUUGAGAGGAUGGCGGACGUUUUUUUUCAUGAAGAGGGCGGAGCCGCAAAAACGGGCAACUAACGUUUGAGCGGAGAAACCUUUAUUUCCCGUCCCAAGCCUCAGGCGACCACAGUACACUGUCCAGUGUUGGUUGAAGAUCAGGACAAUUUUUAUAUGCUACGCCCUAAACGGUUUGCAUCUUUAACUAUUUUAAUUCCCCUUGUUCACAGAUUCAUCAGAGACCUGACGACCUCGGACGAGGGGUUGGUCCAGCCAGACGCGAGAGCCUGAUAACUGGUAACGCAGGUGCUCGUUUGGGAUGCGGUGUUAUCUUUCUCACGCCAACAAUGAGCCGGGAUUUAAACUAG